UUUCAUAUACUUCUCAUCCUAAUGGCGAACGAAUCAUGGGAGUACAAUUCCAAUAAUUUGGAUAUAUUUUUCGAAGCGAGGAAGAAACAAAAAUCUGAGUUACAUGAUCGCGCCUACACAAGGACGGAAUGCGUUCAUGAAAACAAUGUAGUCAAUUUUACCGAAAAGAUGGCAUUACAUCCCCAAAGUCUGGAGACGUAAUGAUUUUUAUCGAUUGCCCUGAAGAUUUGUCGAAAUAUCACACUGUCGUCUCACAUGCGCUGGCAAUACGCCGAUCAGGCGGAACACGAAUAAUUUUGUUUAUAGACAUCAUUCACUCUGAAUGCAUAGACCAUAAAAAUGGGAGGAACAGACGGAAGAGAAGGUACACGAAGAUAUACAGCAUGCCUGCAAUGUACCCAAACAUGUUACAGAACUCAUGGUAUGUCCAAUUUCAGUGGCUCAUGCUUCUUCAAGGUCAUGCUGGACGACUUUACUAAAAAACUGAAAAUACCGCCAAAUUUUGUUAAACAAAUCAAAGAUCGGAUGGGUCCAGAUGUUAUUCUUGAAGGCCCUAGUGGACAACUUUGGCCUGCAGAAUUAUGUUGCACGGGCACAGGAAUGACUAUUGAACAUGGCUGGAAAAGCUUUGUAUCUGAUCAUAGCAUAGAGUUUGGAGAUUUCUUAGUUUUUAAGCAUGCUGGGAAAUCCCAUUUUAUUAUCCAAAUAUUUGGACGAAGUGGUUGUGAGAAGCAAAGUGCUUUCACUGUGACAAGUAUUGAAUCCCUAAUGGAAGAAAAAGACAAAAUGCAAAAUACCCAAAGCCUUUUUUUUCUUGAAAACAAUCUGCCAACUGGCAUCAAAGACAAGACUGGAGAAGAUAGGAUAGAUACAAGGAAUUCAGCCAUGCCAUGCAUUACAGUACCAGAUGACAAGAUGCACAGAUCUGUUACAAGGAAAACAAAGAAGCUGACAAGUUUAAGCUCUGAAGAGCAAAGGAUCGAUCAGAUUCCCCAAGCUUACUAUCCCAGUUCAUCAAUGCCAGUAUCAACUGCUAAUCCUACAGAAUGUACAGAUAUGCUUGAAACAGGUGGUUCCAUCAAAGAGACUGAUAGUCUGAAGCAUACAUUGUCAUCUUACAAAAAGGAAGUGAAGCUUGAAAGCAGCGAAACUGAAAAUUAUGAUUAUCAAAUGGCUUCUGGGCGGCAAAGAAAUCAAAUGGCUCUCCAUCUCAAGGAACUUACAGAUAAAAUAAGGGGGCCAUAUUUCUGGGUUGAUAUGAAAAAGAGUCAUCUUUGCCCAUCAUUUCGCCUUAAUGUUCCAAUAGAUUUUUUGCGAAAUUAUCUACCAAAGAGCAAGGCUGACAUAACUCUGUUGGGUCCUGAUAAAAUGAAGUGGUCAGUAACAUCCCCAGGAGAGAAUACAACACCGCAUUCUUUAAGGGGUUGGCGUGAAUUUGCUGAAAAUUAUAAUUUGAAACUUCAAGACAUCUGUGUUUUUGAAUUGCUGAACAAGCAGAAUAUAGAGGUACAUAUUCAGAAGAAUAUUCAAAUGUCAGGUAGAAGGAAAGGAAGUGCCAAGAGAAUGGAGUAUCAAAUUCCAAAGAGAGAAGAUUGUAAAUUUAGCUUUCAAAAGGCUCAAGAAAAAAUAAAAGAUGAGAGAGAUUUUUCCUCUGAUCAGCCAUUGAUUUCAUGUGCACCCACCUAUCAGACUAAAAAGCCAAAACAGGAAAUGUGCAGUGAUAAACUAUUGAAGCAAGAUUGUGAAGGACAAAGAACAAUACUGAACGGGGAAAGAGACUCUGUAUCAACUGACAUGAUUGAUCAAAAACCAUACUUUCUCAGACGUGACCUACGUCGAACUUCAAUCCGGACUGAUACUACUGCAUGUUGUAACAAUGGCACACCAACUCAAAAUCUGUCUUUUUCUAAUGUUAUAAUCCUAGAAUAGCCCAUUCCUAGGCUCCAAACUUGCUAGCAAGCUUUUGAUCCCAUAUUCAUCACCAAGCAUAGGUCUUUAUAUGUAAGAGGAUUGCAUGCAUAAUUGGCAUAUAAUAAAUGACUAAAACAUCAGGCAGUUGGACAAGUUCCAAUUCCAAGAACCUGAUUCCAGGUCAGCUUACAACUUCAACUUAUAUUGAGCUUAAUUUUGCAUAGUAAUCCUUGCAUCUCACUUUUCCUUCUGAUAUUGCUUGACUUGUAAUACACAGCAAUAUGUCUAGAACCAUCCGCACUAGAUACCUAAGUCUUCUUUUUGUAUCAUCAUUGCUGGUUUCAUAUGAAAACAAAAAAUGUAGCAUUUAACCAUGAUGGAGUACGGAUGUUCACAAAACAGUGUACACAGAUACUUAAUGUAAUUUAAUUUAUGAUGGAUGUAAUGAAGUGGAGGCAAUUUCUUAAAUGGUUAACCGUUGAAGAAGGCAGUAACUUUUAUGGACGAAGUAGUAGGGUAAGAUUUAGCUUGUUGAUUCUUUUCUACAAUUAGGAUUACAAUAUCAUACCUUGAAACAAAUAUGAUAAUGGUAAAUGUUCAUUUCCAUCAGGUACAUG